UUACGCCUAUAAUCCUAUCGUCCUGCCAAUCUGUAUCAAGUGUGCUAUGCUUUGGAGUCUAAAUCAAAAAUAAAAAUCGCCAUCUCCUCUAUUCUAGUCCUCUGUAUCUAAGCUCUCACGUCUUAAUUCUCACGAUUCAAUCAAUAGUCUUUUUUCUCUUUGGCUUUGGAGUUUGGAGUAUUCAAAAUCGCCUUACCAAGUUAUCAGUUGCAUAUGCCUGCGUUUUCUCUACAAUCUCCGUAACACAGGAAGAUAAAGAAAAUUCGGAAAACCUUUCGUGUGAUUGGAAGAAUCCCACGAGCAGAUGUAAAGACUCCUAAACCAGCAAAGGUUUGUGAAAAAAACAGAAAAAAGACUUUGUGGAGUCCCAUAAAGAUGCUACUGAAACCUCCAAGUUCCUUCCAUUCAACAAACUUAGAACAAGCAACUCCAAGAAAAAGACAACCCACACACACUGAAAAAUGAUAGGGUGGGAUGACAUUUACAAGGUAAUAACGUCAAUGUUUCCACUCUAUGUGGCACUAAUGUUAGGCUAUGGCUCAGUGAAGUGGUGGCAUAUGUUUAAUCCCGACCAUUGUGAUGCAAUAAACCAGCUCAAUUGCUACUUUAUCAUGCCUCUCUUCCAAUUUAACUUCACAACUCGCGUCAAUCCAUAUAAAAUGAACUUCCGUUUCCUAGGGGCAGAUGCCAUCUCCAAAGCCCUAAUCAUCAUAAUAAUAUCAUCAUGGGCUAAGUUCACUACGAAAGGAAACUAUCCGUGGUCAAUCACAAGCUUCUCUUUGUCAAGCUUGAGUAAUACACUUGUUGUAGGGGUGCCUCUUAUUCGAGCAAUGUAUGGGACAUUUGGUGAAAACCUUGUCAUCCAAUACUCCAUUUUGCAAUUCACAGUGUGGAUUAUAACCUUACUGUUGAUGUACGAGUUCUGGAGUGCAAACAAAUCGUUUGAUGAUUCGGUAUCAGUCACAACAAGGGAUCUGGAAGGAAAUAAUGAAGAGGUUACCACACCUACAAGACCAUCUCUUCUUAUUUUAAUGAAGAUUGUGGGGCUAAAACUCGCUAAGAACCCUAACUCCUAUGCAUGCAUCCUUGGUCUUGCUUGGGCGCUAGUAUCCUACAGGUGGGAUUUGAAAAUGCCUAGCAUUGUGGAAGGAUCAGUAUUGAUAAUGUCUAGAGCUGGUUCAGGUCUUGCCAUGUUUUGCAUGGGAUUGUUCAUGGCAUUACAACGAAAGAUAAUUGAUUGUGGUGCAACCUUAGCGGCAUUUGGGAUGCUACUGAGGUUUGUGGUAGCACCAGCAUCGAUGGCAGUUUGUUCUCUUAUUGUGGGUUUACGCGGUGAUGUCUUAUGUAUUGCCAUCAUUCAGGCUGCGCUACCACAAGCCAUUGCAUCUUUUGUGUUUGCUAAGGAAUACCAACUUCAUACGAAUGUGCUUAGCACAGCGGUCAUAUUUGGCACAAUUGUAUCCAUUCCUGUGCUGAUUGCAUAUUAUGCUGUACUAGACGUCUUAGUAACAUAAUGGCGUUAUAUUUUUUAUUAUUUUCGUUUGUCGGUAUAUUUGAAUAUUCACAUGAUUUUGUAACAGUUCAAUAAUGUGAAAACUUUUCUUUGAACAUUCACAUAA